UUGCGUGUAGUAACUGCGUCGACCGACCAACCUCCCCCUCACCCCUCCUCUCUUUCUCGAGCAGAAGUGCGGAUGUGAGUUGCAUAUUGAUACGGAACAGGCCGCCACUUUUCUGUUUUAGCAAUGCGGGCUUAGGCGAUGAUCAUUUUGUGGAAGCAUGAAUCCCGAGGAGCAGACGGUAACGUGGUUGAUAUCGUUAGGAGUGCUCAGCUCGCCCAAAAAGAACAUAGCGGACCCGGAGGAGUUUCUGAAAACAUCACUCAAGGAUGGGGUCGUCCUGUGCAAGCUCACGGAGAGACUCAUACCUGGCUUCACACCCAAGUAUUCCCAGGAUCCAAGAACUGAAGCUGACUGCAUCACCAACAUCAAGGAGUUUUUAAGAGGAUGCUCGUCGCUGAAAGUGGAGGGGUUUGAACCAGAGUGGUUAUACACUGGAGAGAAUUUUGGCAAGGUCCUGAAUACGCUGCUGGCAUUCAACUUUGCCACGCAAGAUUGUGCUGCGGAGCGAUGUCCUCAGUCCGGUUCGUCCUCUCCUAAUCAGACGACGUCUUCACACGCGCUGUCUUCCACCAGAUCCAAAGGGUCUCUGCGCAGACAAUCUAAAUCAGUGGAAAUGUCUGAAAACGGCGGCGGCGGCGGGCAGGUGAUGGUGAAGGCCCGCUUCAACUUCAAGCAGAACAACGAGGACGAGCUGUCCUUCAGCAAAGGUGAAAUGAUCAUCGUCACGCGGCAGGAGGACGGUGGAUGGUGGGAGGGGACGCUCAAUGGCAAGACGGGCUGGUUCCCGAGCAACUACGUUCGAGAGAUCAAACCAUGCGAAAAACCAUUAUCUCCUAAAGGAACUCCUCUGACCAAGAACUACUUCAGUGUGGUGGUUCAGGACAUCUUGGAGCAUGAGCGGGAGUUUGUUAAAGAGUUGCAAACUGUGCUCACUUGUUACCUCCGACCCCUGCAAGCUAGCGACAAGUUAAGUAGUGGAGACAGCGCCACCUUGUGUGGGAACCUGGAGGAGAUCCUGUCCUUCCAACAGGGACUGUGUUUAGCUUUGGAGGACUGCACCAAAGUUGCAGAGGGGCAACAGAGAGUGGCAGGAUGCUAUUUAAAUCUCAUGAGUCAGAUCAAGAGUCUGUACCUGAAUUACUGUUCGAGUCAUCCAUCAGCCGUCUGCAUCCUUACUGAUCACAGUGAUGAACUGGGUAAGUUCAUUGAGAGCCAGGGAGCAAGCACCUCAGGCAUCCUGACCCUGACCACCAGCCUCAGUAAGCCCUUCAUAAGGCUCGACAAAUACCCAACACUGCUGCAGGAGCUGGAGAGACAUGUGGAGGAAGCUCAUCCAGACUAUGCGGACAUCAUAAAGGCAACAGCUGCUUUUAAGAGUCUUGUGUCCCAGUGUCAAGACCUGAGGAAGCGCAAGAACCUGGAGCUGCAGAUCCUGUCAGAACCAGUGCGGGGCUGGGAGGGAGACAGCAUGAAGAGCCUGGGACAAGUGGCCUAUACGUCUCAGGUCCAUGUGAGAAAUGGGGUCAGUGAGGAAAAAGAGGAGCGCUAUCUUAUGCUUUUCCCAAAUGUCCUAGUUAUGCUGUCUGCUAGUCCCCGGAUGAGUGGCUUUAUUUAUCAGGGAAAGCUCUCGCUGACAGGCACCACAGUAACAAGACAAGUAGAAGAUGGAGAAAGUUCUCCUCAUGCAUUUGACAUCACAGGAGGCAUGAUCGAUUGCUUUUCAGUGUACUGCAGCAGCGCUCAAGACUUGCAAGAGUGGCUGGAGCACCUGCAGCCUUACACCAAAUCAGGAAGUCCUCCAAGCACCAUUUCAAAGACUGUAGAUGGGAAGCCGCUGAGCACAGUCGGCACUCCCACACAUCUUCCCCACCUGAGUGGCCCGAGCGCCGUCAGCCGGGGUCCCCUGGAGCCGCCAAAAACCAGCAAGCCGUGGACCCUCAGCUGCCUGCGUCCCGCUCCGCCUCUUAAGCCCUCUGCUGCGCUGGGCUACAAAGAGAGGAUGUCUUAUAUCAUGAAGGACUCCAGUAAGAGCCCAAGGCCGAUAAAAAAGUUCCUGCCAGGCAACAGGAAGAAAGACCGCAAGCCCUCUGAUGACGAGUUUCAGAUAAGAAAAAGCACAGCUGCUCUGGAGGAAGACGCUCAGAUACUUCGGGUGAUUGAGGCUUAUUGCACAGGAGCCAGCCUGCACCAAACCACCACAGCGGUACGGAAAGAGUGUGUCCCUCAGGUUCUCCUGCCUGAAGAAGAGAAAAUAAUCGUGGAGGAAAUUAAGAGCAACGGACAGACAGUUACUGAGGAAAAGAGCCUGGUUGACGCAGUUUAUGCUUUAAAGGACGAGGUUCAUGAGUUAAAAAAGGAGAAUAAGUGGAUGAAGCAGUUUCUGGAGGAGGAGCAGAAGUCUCGCAAAGAGCUGGAAAGAUUGGUGAGAAAGCUGAGCAAGCAAAAGAACGACUGCGGCUGGGAGGACAGCAGCCAUUAGGA